GUCAAGAUCACAAAGCAUGACUACUCUCCCUCUCACACACCGAGUAAACCUAAAAAUCCAUGCUCUGUUUUAAACCCAAGGCCAAGGCGCCUCAAAUGGGUGCCAGCUUCCAUGAGCUGUAAUGGCAGCACGAGCGCCGUCGGAUGGCGGGGAUCGGACGGCGGGGGAGGCGGUGACGCGGUGAACCAAGAUUACAGCAAUGGAGAUAUGAAGUACAGCGCGACAUUACCGAGUUCAAUCCCAUCUCCGUCUCGGUUCGGAGGUCAUCGUCUGUUUCUGCCCUUCGCCGCUCUUUCUGGGUUUUUGAAGUUUGUGUUUGUAACCUGAAACCCAAAUGGCAUCGCAGGACAGGGGGCGAGCACUUCCAAAAUUUGGGGAAUGGGAUGUGAAUGACCCAGCAUCAGCAGAAGGAUUCACUGUCAUAUUUAACAAGGCAAGGGAUGAGAAGAAGAGCAGCACCGAUUCUUCUGCUUCGCAGCUCAGAUAUGACAACAAUUACAGUAAUCAAGAUGAGAAAUACAAGUACCCUUCUAAGAGGAGAUGGUUUUGCUGUGCUUAGAUUGCAUUAGCCGUGGAGGCCAACCCUGAGAUUGUGAGAACUACCACAGGCUGAAGCGAAUUGGUGCAGUGUUUGAUAAUUUUCCUCUCCUGAGAAUUCUGUGUUAGUGUGUUCCGCUGCAGGUUAAUGGGUGGAAACUCUCUUCGCUGGCUGCUACUCAAUUUUUACUUCAUUUAUUUUUCUUUCUUUUCAGUUUUCUCCCAAAUUCCUUUCAUCACUUUCCCUUUUUGUUUGCUGGGUAAGCACUAGUUUCUUGUUUCAUCACAUCAUCUUUUUACUGAGAUUUUCAGUAUGUAGUAAUUUAUGUUUUUUUUUUUUUUUUUUAAUUUCUUUUUUGGGAUUUGCAAUAUGUAAUCAGUGGGUAGAAUCAAUUGAUUAAGAAAUGAAAUUCUUCCCCAUUUUGUAUUCA